UGCAACUCCUGCUGAAGCUCCUAAUUUUCUUCCCUUCUCUUCUGCCCCUCCCCCUACCCUCAUUGGCCUGAAGACAUUGCACUCAGAAUUGGCCUUACUCCCCUGGCAUUAUGCGUACGGUAAACCUGGUACUGUGGCCGCAUCUGGGACUGGCCAGACAACUGCUGCUGGCUCCCCCUGUUCCAAGGACUUAAAGGGGGAUUGCGCUGCAGGCAAUGCAUCAGAGCAGCAGCAUCACGAGCCUGGGGACUGAGGCUCCUUGGGCAUUAUUACAAACACACAGAGCUGACCGCAAUGACAGCAGCUGCGCCUUUGAACUGUUGGCAGCGGCCAAGCGGCAGCAUGAAGUGAGAGAUCACUCCUGAGCUCAAGAUGAACUCCACCUUGGAUGGUAAUCAGAGCAGCCACCCUUUUUGCCUCUUGGCAUUUGGCUAUUUGGAAACUGUCAAUUUAUGCCUUUUGGAAGUGUUGAUUAUUGUGUUUCUAACUGUAUUGAUAAUUUCUGGCAACAUCAUUGUGAUUUUUGUAUUUCACUGCGCACCUUUGUUGAAUCACCACACUACAAGUUAUUUUAUCCAGACUAUGGCAUAUGCUGACCUCUUGGUUGGAGUCAGCUGCCUGGUUCCUUCUUUAUCACUCCUCCACUACCCGCUUCCAGUAGAGGAGUCCUUAACUUGCCAGUUGUUUGGUUUUAUAGUAUCAGUUCUGAAGAGCGUCUCCAUGACCUCUCUGGCCUGUAUCAGUAUUGAUAGAUAUAUUGCCAUCACUAAACCUUUAACCUAUAACAGCCUGGUUACACCCUGGAGACUACGCCUGUGUAUUUUCCUGAUUUGGCUGUAUUCUGCACUGGUCUUUCUGCCUUCCUUUUUCCACUGGGGCAAACCUGGAUAUCAUGGCGACGUGUAUCAGUGGUGUGCAGAGUCCUGGCACACCGACCCCUACUUCACCCUGUUCAUCGUGAUGAUGUUAUAUGCCCCAGCAGCCCUCAUUGUGUGCUUCACCUAUUUCAACAUCUUUCGCAUCUGCCAACAGCAUACAAAGGAAAUCAGCGAAAGGCAAGCUCGGUUCAGCAGCCAGAGUGGGGAGACUGGGGAGGUGCAGGCCUGUCCUGACAAGCGCUAUGCCAUGGUCCUGUUCCGGAUUACUAGUGUGUUUUACAUCCUCUGGUUGCCAUACAUCAUCUACUUCUUGUUGGAGAGCUCCACUGGCCACAGCAACCGCUUCGCAUCCUUCUUGACCACCUGGCUUGCUAUUAGUAACAGUUUCUGCAACUGUGUCAUUUAUAGUCUCUCUAACAGUGUCUUCCAAAGGGGACUAAAGCGCCUCUCAGGGGCCAUGUGUACUUCUUGUGCGAGUCAGGUCAUAGCUAAGGACCCUUACACAAUUAGGAACAAAGGACCUCUUAAUGGAUGCCAUGUCUGA